CUUCCCCUCCCCCUUUUCCUCCUUCUCGCCCCGACUCCCCAACCCCUUUCCCCUCCUCCCACCGCUCCUUAAACGGGAUUCCGGCUCGGGACGGCACCACCGGGCAUCCCGCAGCGGCAGCCCCCGGGGCUCCGGCAGGUCCCCGCUGUCCCUCCGCGCACACACACACUCAUACAUACAUACACACACUCACCCCACCCCGGGAAGCAGUGAGAAUUACAACUCCCCCCCCCCCCCCCAACCCGCGUCCCCCGCUUCUCUCCCUUUAACCCCUCUCACCGGAGUGGCAGACCGGUCCGUGGGUGCUGUGUCCGCUCGGGAGGGCUGAACCCAAAGCAGCCCCCGGCUCCGGGGGGGGGAUGAGGUAGAGGGCGGCGGCGGAGCGCCCGGCCGGGGGCCGCGGCAGGAGGGCAUGAGGCGGAGAGCAGCGGGGAUGGGCGGCAGCGCUCGCUGCUGAGAGCCGGCAGCGGCCAAGCUCCGAGGACGGCAGCCCGUACAGCUCACAGGGAUCCGCUUUUCAACAUGGGAUUGCAGCUGGCACUCCUGCUCGCAGGGAUCGUCGCGCUCUCGGACUCGGCGAGAGGCCCCCCGAGGAUUGCCGAUAAAGUGAUCCACCGUCAGUCGGUGAGGCUGGGCAGGACCAUCAAGCUCCUGUGCCCAGUGGAGGGCGAUCCCCCACCCCUCACCAUGUGGAUGAAGGAUGGACGCACCAUCCACAGCGGCUGGACGAGGUUCCGGAUCCUUCAGCAAGGGCUGAAAAUCAAAGAGGUAGAGAGUGAAGAUGCGGGAACCUACAUCUGCAAAGCCACCAAUGGUUUUGGCAGCACCAACGUGAACUACACCCUCAUCGUGAUAGAUGAUGCCAGCUCAGGAAAGAACAGCCAAACACCUGAAGGUUCUAAUGGAGAAUAUGAAGAUCAUUCUGGGAAGCAAUGGGCCCAGCCUCGGUUCACGCAGCCUGCAAAGAUGAGACGCAGAGUGAUCGCCCGUCCUGUCGGCAGCUCCAUCCGCCUGAAGUGUGUGGCCAGCGGCAACCCAAGGCCCGACAUCACGUGGCUGAAGGACAAUAAGCCCCUGACACCCCAUGAGAUUGGGGAGAACAAGAAGAAGAAGUGGACACUGAACCUGAAGAAUCUGAAGCCCGAGGACAGUGGGAAAUACACCUGCCGAGUAUUUAACAAAGUUGGGGAAAUCAAUGCAACUUAUAAAGUUGAAGUGAUCCAGAGAACGAGAUCCAAGCCCAUCCUGACAGGGACACACCCCGUCAACACAACAGUAGACUACGGCGGGACUACAUCCUUCCAGUGCAAAGUCCGCAGUGAUGUCAAACCUGUCAUCCAGUGGCUGAAGCGAGUGGAGUAUGGCACGGAGAGCAAGUACAACUCCACCAUUGAUGUCGGGGGACAGAAGUUUGUCGUGCUGCCCACAGGGGAAGUCUGGUCCCGUCCUGAUGGGUCCUACCUGAACAAGCUGAUGAUUACUCGAGCCAAGGAAGAGGAUGCAGGGAUGUACAUUUGCUUAGGGGCAAACACCAUGGGCUACAGUUUUCGCAGCGCUUUUCUCACAGUCCUGCCAGAUCCCAAGCCUCCGAGUGCACCUGUGCCCCCCUCCUCAGCCAGCAGCCUUCCCUGGCCUGUGAUCAUUGGCAUCCCCGCUGGAGCAGUGUUCAUCUUUGGGACAAUCCUCCUGUGGCUUUGCCAGACCAAGAAGAAACCUUGCUCACCACCAGCUGCUGCCCCUGUGCACCGGCCGCAGCCCCGGGACAGGAUCUGUGUUUCCCAGGUCCCAGACAAAGACUGCAUCUCCUCCAUAAACUAUGAGGAAUACGUCGCCCAGCAGCAGCAUUUACUGUCCCAAGGGCCCGCGCUCGCUCCAGCCAUGGCAUCUAAAAUGUACCCAAAGAUUUACACGGACAUCCAUACCCACACCCACUCGCACGUGGAAGGCAAAGUCCACCAGCACCAGCACAUUCAGUACCAGUGCUAAGAGGGCGGCCGUGUACAGAAGCUCGUGUGGGCUUUUCCUCCUGGUACCUCAGAAGAGACUGCUCAAAGUCAGCUCACACUGCCAGCAACAGGCAAAGCAGACAGAAAAGAUUAUAUAUAUAAUUUUAAAUAUAUAUAUACAUAUAUAUAUAAUUGUAUAUGCGUGUGUAUGUGUGUAUAUAUAUAUGUGUAUAUAUCUAUAUCUAUCUAUAUAAAUAUAUAUAUAAUAGAGAAAGACAGAGAAAAGAGAUUUUUUUUUUUUAAUUAUUACAAUCAGGAUGUAGCCAAGGAAUAAUGAAGGAACUCCAAAUCCCAGCAGCUAGGCAGCCAUCUCCACUGGUGGAGCCCUCCUGGAUUUUUUAAGCAAGAUGGUGGCAAGUAAGACAGGACACAGGGAUAUGAACCACCCCCUCCUUCUGUUGCUAAAAGGAGUGAGAAAAGGUGAUGUGGUGCUUUUCCAGGGCAGGCACCCCUGUUCUUGUGUUUGCUGCAUACCAUGCGUUUUGGUGGGAAGACCCCAGACCUGUCCCACUUAUGUGGGAGAACAUUUUCCCUCAGAAUGACUCAAGCUGUAAAGAUUUAGUGCCAAAGCACAAGGAGAAAUGACCAGUUCACCUCUUCCAAAUAACAAUAGGGGAAAAAAAGUGAAUUUCUGUUCCCAAAGUGAAAUGUGGAAUGUUUCUCAAGCACCGUCAUUUUGUCUAUACUGGUAACCAGGAUGCUUGGUUCGAUUUCUUCAAGUCAAAUGCAUUGAGUUCCCCCAUGGAGGGUUCUACAGAACAAAUGUCACUGCCCUGAUCCCAGGACUCAGUGCCACUGCCAUGAAAAAGGAAGGAAGGAAAGAGGAACGUUGUACAGAACACCUUUAUAUUUAUAUUUAAGAAAUAAUAAUAAUUAAUAAUAAUAAUAAUUGAACUGCUGAUGGUGAAGAAAGCAAAACACGCUGCCCUACUCUGAUGGCUUACAGUGACAAGCUACUGGAUUCUCUACAUCAGUGCAAAAAUACAUGAGAAUAGAAGAAAAAGGAGGAAGAGAAAAAGAGAAUGAAAUAAUAAUCUCGUAGGAAAAAUUGCAUUUGAGAAAUAUUCAACUAGGUUGUGUGUGGUUGGCCCCUCCCCGCAGGUAGCAUUUUGGAAAUGAUACGGCUUCAUUUUGGUUUGAACGAUGAUAAAAACAGGAAGAAAAGAGAUAAGGACUAUUAAAUACCUGUAUGGACUGGAAAUUAAUCCAAUUGCAAAUACAAAACCUUUGUAAUUCUAUAUAGAGUUUAAACAGAAGUCAUGUAUAUUUAAUUUAUUUUGUUAAACAAGAAAAAAACGUAUGAUAUUUUCCUCAAAACUGGCAUUUCUAUGCAUAUUUUUGAUCAAAGAAAAUAAAGAUUUUUUUUUCAGGUUCUAUAGAUACCAUGCUCAGAAUAUGCUCAGUGUAACAACAGUACCAGCUGCACUUCUCUGUAUGUCUUCUCACACAUAAUCUCCUCGUAUCAUCUCAGGUUAUGCUAGUGCUACCGUUUCCAUUAGAAAAUUGCCUUUUCCACCAUUUAAAUUCUGAUUUUUCAGGUUGGAUAUUAGAAAAAACUUCCUCUCAGAAAGAGUUGUGAUGCAUUGGAGCGGGCUGUCCAGGGAUGUGGUGGAAUCACCAUCCCUAGAGCUGUUCAAGAAAUGUGGAGAUGUGGCACUGAGGGACGUGGUUGGUGGGCAUGGUGGGGAUGGGUUGGUGGUUGGAUGUGAUGUUCUUAGAGAUCUUUUCUAACAUUAAGGAUUCCACAACUCUAUGGUUGUGAGGAUCUGCAGUGACUGAGUCAUUUCCCAUGGACCCCUUGUCACCUCCAGGAGCAAAGAGCUCUGCUCACAGGGAAAUCUGUUUUGCUGUGCUUUUUUUGUGUAUUUUUGGGGGGAGGGUGACGGGGAGUGGGGGAAAAGGUUGCAAACCACAAACCUGCAGGUGUUUUUCUUUUAAAAGAAAGUUUCAUAAAUCAAAACAUAAAAAUUUGUGAGUCUGUAAAAUGAGCUUCAGCCUCAGGGUGCUCAGGAGGAGAAAACACAUAAUGGGGUGAGACCCUUCCGUGAUGCUUCAGUGAUGGAGCAAUUGUUUGCUGUUUGCUCCAGUGCCACUCAAAGCUUGUUGCAGGGAAAAAAAAAAACAAGAUGUGCCAAUUUUUAGGUUUGAAAGUACUUCUUUCUCAAGCCUGUUCUGCAAAAGAGAUCUUCAGCUUCACCUGCUCCGAUUUAGAGUGAAACACUUCAUUUAAGCUGAAACAAAAGAGCGCUUUAGGCUUUUGUUUUCCCCUGAACGUUUCCAAAACUAUUUGCUCUACAUUGACUAGAAGUUCUUUUCCGGCUGACUUGUUUGCAUCCUCAGCUGCAAACCAAACAGUGCCUCGGCUGACUUGUUUGCAUCCUCAGCUGCAAACCAAACAGUGCCUCGUUUGCUCAGCCGGAUCACUGUGAGAUGGGGUCCUGCUUCAGCAAAGCAUGAACACUCCCGCUUUCCCUCACCAACACAUGCUGCCCCCAAAAGUUCCCUUUUUUCCUUAGCCACCCAGGUCAAUGGCUCUGUUAACACGAUGGUUUUUCUGUAGAGGUGAUAACAAAGCAAGCUACUGCUAUUUUUGAUUAUUAUUAAUAUUUUACUUUUUUUUUUUAAGUGAGAUAGUUCAUUAAAACUUUGUUAGCACCUUUUUAUGAAAUCCAUAAAGGCUAAAUUCAUUUCCUGGAUAUCUCUGCAUACAUCCUCUCAGCUUCAGGAAGACUGAAGAGAGCUCUGGAUAUGGCAGUGCUCUUAAUGGCUACAGUUUAUCGAGCCACUUCAUGGAAAAAAUCAAAAAGCCUUUAUAUACUACAUGCGUCACCUUUUUUUUAAGAAGGCAGCAUGUGGCUGAUACCAAGAGCUAUGUCUCAUAACUCAUGCCUAUGUGAACCUACUUUUUGCACUGUGGUAGGCGCUGAGAACAUCUCAGCAGCAUUUGGGGCACAGCAGAAGGUAGGAUCCACCUGUAAGCUUGCCAGCCUUCCCAGCUAUCUGUAUUGGUGCUACAGCAAGAUGGCACCCAGCUCAUGCUGAUACCAGCUUUAGAGGAGGUGCACAGUCAGUUUCAUUUGGUUCAGCCCUAUGCAAACCGUAAGAGAUGGCCAUACAAUACUUUUUCAAAUGGCAGCUAUGUCACUUACCCUCAGAUCCUGCAUCUCCCCUAGGGUAUAGUCUUCCAUGCUGAGCACUUAGCUCCCAGUUGUGCCCUUCUACCUGCUAUGUUCCAUGGUGAGACCCUGCCAUGAUGCUUCCAAGAUGAUACUAUGAGAGUGCCAGGUGGCUCAAGUGGAAGGAGCUUCCUCCUGCCAGUUGAAGUUCCAGCUCUGGUAGGAAAUGGUACAAACACUUUGAUUUGCACGUAUAUUUUAUAUCUUGUCUGGGUCAUGCACUGACUUGCUGGGCCUGGGUGGAUUUUGUGUUUUGAGGAGUUAUUAUUCCUCCACAGGACACCUGUAAGUACUCCACAGUCACUCUGUCCCAUGCCUACCACGUGCCAUUUCUUUUUAGGGCUCAAUUGUGCCUUGCAUGUAUUGCAAAAUCUGCUUUAGCCUAAAUAAAUUCUGCCAGGUCCCGCUCACGCCUGAAUGUUUUUUCUUUUUCAUCAGUGAGACAAGACUUGGACUCAUCUCUGCUCAUGCAUACAGGGCAUUUAAAGAAAACCGUAGUCUUGCUAUUAACUACUUACCCUAUUUGGAACACAGAAGUUUUUUGUUUUACACAUAAGUAUGCGUAUAUAUAUAGGCAUAUGGAUGAAAGUGCUGGGCUGUGAUACAGAAAAGAGUUGUACUUUAAAAGCCAUCAGGCUUCAAAGAUCAAAAGACAGUUAGGCUUAAAGCUCUCCAUCUUUGUUUAAUUUAUUUGCAUUACAGAUCAAACAUGGCCUUACAUGUUGGUUUGUGUGUGGCAUUUUUAAGCUUUGUAUGGACAAUGCUUGUACUGUCAGCCCUUUUAAACUGAAAACUUUUAUCAGACAUUUACAAAUAAAAAGUGUUGUGUGAUUUUCAAACAGUAGCACACACAAUAACUGAGGACAUCAAAAAGAGAUGGGAUGGCACUCUGUGCAUCUGGCUGUGCAAUAAAAGCUAGAAAGAAGUAAA